CUAUAAAAGCAACCGCCAAACCGCGCAUAGCGUCAGAUUGAAAUUGAUUUUCGUGAGCGGUGCUUUACGAGCGUUCGACUUUAAAGCGUUUUCACUGUUCCAAGUUGCAGCAUUUUUAACUUUUGAAGAGUUUUUUUUAUAAAUUGUAGAGAAGAUGCCUGAAGACGUGCAGAGUGGAGAGGUUGAAACCUUUGCCUUCCAGGCAGAGAUUGCUCAAUUGAUGAGCUUGAUCAUCAAUACCUUCUAUUCAAAUAAAGAAAUCUUUCUUCGGGAGUUGAUCUCUAAUUCGUCUGAUGCUCUAGAUAAGAUCCGCUAUGAAUCUCUAACAAACCCAUCGAGGCUAGAAUCUGGCAAGGAGCUGUACAUCAAAAUUGUGCCCAACAAAAGUGAAGGUACACUUACAAUCAUCGAUACUGGUGUUGGUAUGACAAAAGCAGAUUUGGUGAAUAAUUUGGGUACAAUAGCAAAGUCUGGAACAAAGGCCUUCAUGGAAGCAUUGCAAGCAGGUGCAGAUAUUAGUAUGAUUGGUCAGUUUGGCGUGGGUUUCUACUCUGCUUAUUUGGUGGCUGAUAAAGUUACUGUAGUUUCAAAGCACAAUGAUGAUGAACAAUACAUAUGGGAAUCUUCUGCUGGAGGUAGUUUUACAAUUCGUGCUGAUCAUGGGGAACCUUUGGGACGUGGCACCAAAAUUAUUUUGCACAUCAAAGAGGACCAAACUGAAUUCCUCGAGCAGAAUAAGAUUAAAGAAAUUGUGAAGAAGCAUUCUCAGUUCAUUGGGUAUCCGAUCAAGCUUGUUGUUGAGAAAGAACGCGAAAAGGAAUUGAGUGAAGAUGAAGCGGAAGAGGACAAGGAGGGGGAAGAUGAUAAAGACAAACCAAAGAUUGAAGAUGUUGGGGAAGAUGAGGAUGAAGACAAAAAGGAUGAAAAGAAAAAGAAAAAGACUAUUAAAGAAAAGUACACUGAAGAUGAGGAGUUAAACAAAACAAAGCCAAUUUGGACAAGAAAUCCUGAUGACAUUAGUCAAGAAGAAUAUGGUGAAUUUUACAAAUCCUUGACAAAUGACUGGGAAGAUCAUCUGGCUGUCAAACAUUUCAGUGUAGAGGGUCAGUUGGAAUUCCGAGCUCUCUUGUUUGUCCCUCGUCGUAUUCCCUUUGACUUGUUUGAGAACAAAAAGAGGAAGAAUAAUAUUAAAUUGUAUGUUAGGAGAGUAUUUAUCAUGGACAAUUGCGAAGAAUUAAUUCCUGAGUAUUUGAACUUUAUCAAAGGUGUUGUUGAUUCAGAAGAUUUGCCUUUGAACAUUUCUCGUGAGAUGCUCCAACAGAAUAAGAUAUUGAAAGUUAUCCGAAAGAACUUAGUGAAGAAGUGUCUUGAAUUAUUUGAGGAAUUGUCAGAAGAUAAAGAUCAAUACAAGAAAUUCUAUGAACAAUUCUCUAAAAAUCUGAAAUUAGGAAUUCAUGAAGAUUCACAAAAUAGGGCUAAACUUGCAGAUUUUAUGCGUUACCAUACUUCAGCCAGUGGUGAUGAGGCUUGUUCAUUGAAAGACUAUGUUAGCCGUAUGAAGGAGAAUCAGAAGAGCAUUUAUUACAUCACUGGUGAAAACAAGGAUCAGGUUGCCAACUCUGCCUUUGUUGAACGUGUUAAGAAACGUGGGUUUGAAGUGGUUUACAUGACUGAACCUAUGGAUGAAUAUGUUGUUCAGCAAAUGAAAGAGUAUGACGGAAUACCAUUGGUGUCAGUCACCAAGGAAGGACUGGAGUUGCCCGAAGAUGAGGCUGAAAAGAAAAAACGAGAGGAAGAUAAGACUAAAUUCGAAGGUCUUUGUAAAGUAAUGAAGAGCAUAUUGGAUAACAAAGUAGAGAAGGUUGUAGUAUCCAAUCGAUUAGUAGAAUCUCCAUGCUGUAUUGUAACAUCUAAAUAUGGUUGGACGGCAAACAUGGAGCGUAUUAUGAAAGCUCAGGCUCUUCGUGAUACCUCAACUAUGGGCUAUAUGGCGGCCAAGAAAAAUCUCGAAAUCAACCCAGAUCACCCCAUUAUCGAAAAUCUCCGCCAGAAAGCAGAUGCUGACAAAAAUGACAAAGCUGUUAAGGAUUUGGUUAUCUUGUUGUUCGAGACUGCUUUAUUGAGUUCUGGAUUUACACUCGAAGAACCCCAAGUCCAUGCCUCUAGAAUUUACAGGAUGAUCAAACUUGGUUUGGGUAUUGAUGAAGAGGAGGCGAUGUUGACCGAAGAGACCACAACGGCUGAGGUUUCUGCUCCGGAAGGUGGAGAUGCAGAAGACGCGUCUCGUAUGGAAGAAGUUGAUUAGAUAAAUGUGCUUUGUGUGAAUAAGACUGUUACUAAAGUAUUUUCGAACUGUUAUAUAUAUUAAAUUAUAACGGAAAUCUUAAAUCCCCUCUUACGAAUAUUGUCAGCCCAGUAGCAUUUGAUUUGGCUGUGUAAUUUGUAUUUUGUUCAUUUUUUUUUUAAUAAAUUUUUUUUCAGGUA